AUGACGCCUCGUCGCUCUUCGAGAGCCCGCACCACCCAGCCUUCUCCUGCCCUCCUCCAACACACCAACACGAACUCCUCUGCCAGCUCCUCCAACUCUACACGCGAGAGAAACACCCGCUCGAAUCACAAAAACCCUUCUCCUCAAGGUUCCACCGGUGCUCGCUCCCAGUCCAUCGACGAUACCGAAAACGGCUCGAGGGUCGACCUCCCACACACGCGCCAGCGCCAACGUGCCCGCGAUGAUGACGACGAAGAAGAAGAUCCCCCUCGUCCCCUGGAAGAUGACGAAAUGGACGAGGAUGAAGAGGAGGAAAUAACUCGUGCAAUCAAGCCGGAGGGCGAACAGCCUCCUCCUGAUUCAUCUGACUUGCUUUCCGAUGAAAUCGGUAGCAUGUUCAUCCAAUGCGACUCGUGCAAAGUCUGGCAGCACGGUGGCUGUGUGGGAAUUAUGGAUGAGGAAACAAGCCCCGACGAAUAUUUCUGUGAAGAGUGUCGAAAGGACUUGCACAUCAUUCGCGACGAACCAAAUGGCCAGCGCUCGUCCACCUACCUCCCCGUCAAUCCGAAAUCAUCACCCGCCCCCUCCGUGCCCUCCUCCCGACCCUCUCGAGCCUCUUCCCACGAGAGCUCAUCCCAACGUUCCAAGGACGCGAAAUCUCGCCUGAGCGAAAGCGAAAAUGUCAAGCGACGGUCGACCAUGAACAGUCGUGAUGCCGCUUACGAUGAAGAAGAACUAAUCCGACGAGCGAUUGAAGAAAGCAAAGAGGAUACCAAAAGUCUUCCCGAUGAUACAUCCAGCCGCCGGGGAAAGAGAAGUCGUAGUGAGAGCGAAGCACACAGAGAAAGCACCAAACGCCCGCGAACCGGCUCUCCGUCUCCUGCUGCUCCCAUAUCGAAGGAAAACAACCCCGUGUCCCAACCUCCCUCUGAUGAUGAGUCCAAAGCGAAGCCGGCAAUGAACGGCACCCGGAGGCAAAGGGCCGCAUCUCGGGGCCAGCGUGAUAAGGAGAGAGUAGUAGAACGACGCAAAGGAGAUGGUGAGUGCCGAGAGACGUUUCCCCUCAACGACUUCGGAGUAUUUGCUUACAUCCCGGUUCUAGAAUCCGAACCUGAGAUUGGAUCUCCUGUAAAAACGGUACCGAGCGAGCCUGAACCAGCACAAGCAAGCCCGGAUACCCCUACCCAAGAACCCACACCAGCUCGCCCAUCAACACGCAAGUCAGGUCGUCCGCCUGCACGCCGCGGCCGAGUUGGACGCAAUCAAUACACCAAAGAUCGAGAUGUUAAUGGCAAUGGCACCGAGUCACCACGUCGCGGGCAAUCUCGCGAAAUCGGCGGAGAUUCUCCCAGAGUGGGAUAUAGCAACACAAACGGUGCGCACGUCAAUGGGGGAGAUACCGGGCGACCCAGCAAGCCUCGCAGUAUGCACCCGCAGCGCACGACGAUGAUUGAAAUGAAGAGACGUGUGGCGGCCAUUCUUGAGUUCAUCUCACGUAUGCAAGUAGAGAUGGCUGUUGCCAGCGAGAACUCCUCUACCCCAACAGGAAACGAGGAUCGUUCUCAAGGCCUGCUUUUAAAGAGCAUGGUCGAACAGAUCGAUGCCGCCAUGGCAUCUACAAUCAGUGAUGGCGGCGAGUCUGCCCCACCUACGACAGACGGCGACGGAGACGCCCCAUUCCAUGAAAAAGACUUCAAAGACCUCAGCAGUGUGGAAAUGAUGGACGUGCUCACCCGUCACCUCCUCAAGUGGCAGCAGGAAUACGGGAAGUUUGGGGAACGGUAG